AUGUUUCGAAAUAUAACAAGAUCUCAGAGCACGUUUACGACGACCCAGCUUCGGUUCAAAGACAUCAUGUCCAGGAUUUCGCAUUCAGUGAUGAUAAUAACAUCAGCAGUCCCUGAUACUGAAACUUCAAGUUCAUACCAUGGAUUAACCAUAUCAUCGAUGACUUCGUUGAGUUUAAACCCAUAUCCUCGAAUCCAAUUCAAUUUACAAAUACCUUCGUUCACGUCUGAUGCAUUACAUCUAUAUAAAUAUUUUGCUAUUCAUGUCUUGAAACCGAAUGAAUAUUCAAUCAACUUAGCGAAACAAUUCAGUAAGGGUUCUUCUAUCCGUCAUUCCAAUGGAUUUGAAAGAACAAGACCAUUUGUGGGGUUGAAAGAACAUGUCGAUUUUGAGAAGUAUCCCUUAAUAAACGAUAAGAGUGAGAAAUUGAAUAUUCCUAUUCUUUCUGGUUGUGAACGUAUAUUAAUUUGUAAGAACGAUCAUGUUUUUGAAGUUGGUGAUCAUGAAAUUUGGAUUGGGAAAGUAGAGGAUAUAUUGGAUGAUUCAGUUAAAACUGAUGCGAAAAACCAUAAUAAUACUGAACAAGAUACAAAGAACCAUACGAAGGAUGAUGGAACGGAAGGUAGUUUAUUAUAUUAUAACCGUCGGUUUCAUAUCAUAGGUGGUCAUCUUGCAUAA